AUGGAUACAUUUCACAUUUUGGAGUUAAUUGGAAAAGGCUCUUUUGGCAAAGUUUACAGAGGCAGAAAGAGGUGUUCUGGUUCUAAUGUAGCAUUGAAAUUUAUAUCCAAAGUUGGAAGAAAAGAUAAAGAUAUAAUAAACUUAAAAAAGGAAAUUGAAAUCAUGAAAAAUAUUUCUCAUCCUUACAUUGUAAACCUGAUCGACAGUUUUGAGACACCAAGAGAAGUUAUUGUAGUGACUGAGUUGGCUGAAGGAGAUUUGUUCCAAGUUUUAGAAGACGAUAAUAUUCUCCACAUCAGUGAAAUCCAAACUAUUGCUAAGCAGUUGGUUCUAGCUCUUAAUUACCUUCAUGCAAAUCGCAUUCUGCAUAGAGACAUGAAACCACAAAAUAUUUUGUUGGCUAAUGGUAAUGUUAAACUAUGUGAUUUUGGAUUUGCUCGGAGUAUGAGCCAACAUACUCUAGUUUUGACUUCUAUUAAGGGUACCCCUUUAUACAUGGCACCUGAAUUGCUGAAUGAAAGUCCUUACAGUCAUUGUGUUGAUUUGUGGUCAGUCAUGUCUCUAGGUUGUAUUUUAUAUGAAUGUUUUGUGGGUCAACCUCCUUUUAUGGCAUCAAAUAUUUUUCAACUUGUACCACAGAUUUUGAAUAAUGACGUAGUGUGGCCUACAAACAUGCCAAUUAAUUUUAAAAGUUUUUUGGUAGGACUUCUUAUGAAAGACCCGGCAUGUAGACUAUCGUGGCCGAAAUUGAUGCAUCACCCAUUUAUUAACAGUUGA